CAUGCGCAGAGGCCGGACGGUGGCCGGCGGGGCGGGAGGGCGUAAACAAGGCGCUGGCGGCCAUGGGGAGGCCGCGGGUGCUCAGCGGGGGCCGGGGCCGCCGGGGCUGAGGCGAGAAGAGGCCUGAGGCAGGUCCGGACCGGUCCUUGGUGCAAGGGAGGAGGGCUCCUCCCUGCCCGGCCCGGCCCCGCCCCUAGUAGCCCACCGUCUUCCCUCACGCCCCCGCCGGCCGGGGGCGGUGAGGCCUGUGGCGUCCCGUCAUGAACUUGGCCGGUCAGAGCGGCGAGGCCGGCAGCGGGCACCUGCUGUUUGCUAAUUUCAACCAGGAUAACACAUCCCUUGCGGUUGGCAGUAAAUCAGGCUACAAAUUCUUCUCUCUCUCUUCUGUGGACAAAUUAGAGCAGAUCUAUGAAUGCACUGACACAGAAGAUGUGUGCAUAGUGGAGAGGCUGUUCUCCAGUAGUCUGGUGGCCAUAGUCAGCCUUAAGGCUCCACGCAAGCUGAAAGUUUGUCACUUCAAGAAGGGGACAGAGAUUUGCAACUACAGUUACUCCAAUACCAUCUUGGCUGUCAAACUCAAUAGGCAGAGGCUGAUAGUAUGUCUGGAAGAGUCUCUAUAUAUACACAACAUAAGAGACAUGAAGGUGUUGCAUACAAUCCGGGAGACACCUCCCAAUCCUGCAGGGUUGUGUGCUUUAUCAAUAAAUAAUGACAACUGCUACCUGGCCUAUCCAGGGAGUGCAACUAUUGGAGAAGUGCAGGUCUUUGACACCAUCAAUCUGAGAGCUGCUAAUAUGAUCCCAGCUCAUGAUAGUCCCUUGGCUGCUUUGGCUUUUGACGCAAGUGGUACUAAACUUGCCACUGCAUCAGAAAAGGGGACAGUGAUAAGAGUGUUUUCCAUUCCAGAGGGGCAGAAACUCUUUGAAUUCCGGAGAGGAGUGAAGAGGUGUGUGAGCAUCUGUUCAUUGGCUUUCAGCAUGGACGGCAUGUUUCUGUCUGCAUCCAGUAACACGGAGACAGUGCAUAUCUUCAAACUUGAGACUGUGAAAGAAAAACCUCAGGAAGAGCCUACAACCUGGACAGGUUACUUUGGAAAAGUGCUGAUGGCCUCCACAAGCUAUCUGCCCUCACAAGUAACAGAAAUGUUCAACCAGGGUAGAGCCUUUGCUACAGUCCGCCUGCCGUUCUGUGGGCACAAAAACAUCUGUGCACUUGCCACAAUCCAGAAGAUCCCUCGGUUAUUGGUGGGAGCUGCUGAUGGGUAUCUCUACAUGUACAACCUAGACCCCCAAGAAGGAGGAGAGUGCACACUAAUGAAGCAGCACAAGCUCGAUGGCAGCAUGGAGCCAGCCAACGAGAUCCUGGAGUCUGCAUCCCACGACCGGCCGUUGGUAGCACAGACGUACAGUGCUGCUGUGACUAAAGGUACAUAUGUGCCUUCCUCACCCACAAGGCAUGCCUAUACGGAAGACCUGGGUGCUGUGGGUGGAGCUUGCCUGGAAGAUGAAACCAACUCGCUCAGAUUGGAUGAAGACAGUGAGCAUCCCCCCAUGAUCCUUCGGACAGACUGAACUUUGACCUGUGAACUCACUCCUGAAGCAGAGAACACUGGCUUGAUGUUUCUUGAGGAAUCUCGUGUUAUGCUGCUAUGAACUUUGACAUGAGUUGGGAGAGAGGAUGACAGACUCUUUACCGUUUUAAGUCGUAGCUGUAGUUCUAAUUCUAUACCAUUGGAAAAAUAUAUGGUUUUCAAUUCAGUGGCUUUUAAUCUUGCUUAUCUAUUUUAGCUGUGUUUUUUGUUGUUUUUCUUUUUUGUUGCCAAAACCUGCUGUUUGUGCAGCCCUCGGAGCCUACUAGCUUUGCAUGCGUUCAUGUGCCAAGCAAGCAUAGGAGGGGGAGAGAGAGAGAGAAGCCACUUUAUAACAAACUCAAGUUUGUAUUUUUUUUAUAUAUGUAUAUAAUAUUUAGCUUAUAUAAGGAAGGAGUAGAGAAGUGGUUCUGGAAGCUGAGAUUAGUUCUGCACUGACAAAGGUCCAAAAGGUUUCCUGUGCAUGGGCUUGCAGGCAUACCUAGUGACUGACAUGCAAUCUUUCAAAUGCAUUGGCCUGUUUUUGGGUUCUCCCUCCCCUUUCCUGGACCAUUUUGUUAAUUAAAAUUCCUUCUGAAUGUUGUGUAUUUGUGGGAGUGUUCUGUUUGUUGGGAUGGAAAACUGGAAAUGUUUCCCUGCAUGAGGAUGUAGAAUACAGAAAGUGCCUUUACAGGGAAGAAAAAAAGUUGCAGUAGGAAGAAAGCUAGAAUGAAGAAGGAAUUGCUAGAGACUUGUUUCACACCUAUAGUGCUCGGGUGUCUGUAGCCUAUGGUAGCUGUUGUUUGGUUUUGUGUUUUUUCUUUUAGACAAAGACUUCAAAUGCACUUUCUCUCCUGUCAGUUGUUCUGUUUCCUUGGCAGAGUAGCAAUAACCUUUUUUUAUACUUCUUUUAAUUAUCCAAAGCAAUGAUUCUGUCAGGCUGGAUAGAAGUCACUGCACAGAGUAUGACAGCCCUGUUACUUAAAACAGCCUUAAGGUUUUCAGCUGGAGGGUGUAAUUCUUAAUUCUUGCUUCUCUUCAGUCUGGGGCUGAGCAUACUGCUCCAAUGGUGAAGGUUCAGGACUUUUUUUUCCAGAUACUGAUGUAAAUAUAAAUGAUUUUGAAAGAAUUAUCUUCUAGGUUCUGUUUUGUUGGAUAAUCAUGUUCCUGUUUUAUUUUCUCCUUUUAUUGGAGUACCUCUGGUGAUGCUCUCCAAGGACUGGUUUUCUUUGGCAGCUUUGGAAUAAAUCCUUAACUGCCCUGACUGUGGCUAGGGCUGUCCAAAGCUGAGCAGUGCUGCAGUCUAUUUUUAGGGUUGUAAUGUGCCUUCUCUGAAGUCUUGGAUAACAGGUAGUGAGUAAAUGAUUAGCAAAGUACUUGGUGAGUGUUACUUUACUUUGCCAAAGUGAGCCUGCUUUGCCUUUUGUGUAGUAAUGUGGGAUGCUUCCUUUGCUCUACUGACUACUUACAAAGAAAUACGAAUAGAAGUAGACAAGGAAAUUGCAGAUCUGGAAAGCAGGAUGGGGCCUGGACUGAACUGAGCACUCCAGCUGUUGGUGAACUCCUUACCAAACUAGAUGGUAGGGUGCUCUUAGGAUUUGGUGCUGUUAACAAGGCUUCUGUCAAGCAGUAGCAGGCAGUUGUCCCCCGAGCCCUGUGUGGGUAAGGCGGGCUUUCCCCUUCAUCUAAACGAGCAGAAGAUGAUGAUAGCCACUGCCAAAGAGCUGCCUGUGUCGGUGAGGCUGCUGUUAGUGUGCACAGAUGUUCUUAGACAAACAUGUGGGAGAGAAGGGAUCAGGCUUGUUUACUCCCUGAAAACCCUUGACCGUCCUAAAUAGCUGGCUGGAUUGGCUUGUGGCAUCCUCUCCAGAAUCCAGCACGUUCAGAGCAAACUGCUGAGCCAUGCUGAAAUCUCACUGAGUCUCUUGAAUUUAAGCUCUGGCUGACAACUAAAUUCCAUAGUCUGGAAUUAUUUUUGUUGUUGUUUUUUUUUUACUACAAGUGCUAUCAGCUUUGCUGUGGAGCUCAUAACUGCAGAGUAAAAUACAAGCCUUGAAGUAAAUAUAAGCUCAGCAAGCUCUGCUGGCAAACUGAACCACGCAGGAGCUGUCAGAUGUCUGCUUAUUCCAGACUAAAGCUGGGAAUGUUCCUGGUAACAUACUUGGAGGCUUGGCAGAGACUCAGCGAGUCGAGUUAGCAGCAAACACGCGUAACCAACACAGGUCUGCUAAGCACAAGUUCUACAACUCGAGUUGUAACAAAGGCCAUAUUGCAUAGCAAGGGACUGCUAUCACAUUUAACCUGUCUACUAAUUUUAUUGCUAAAAACAGAACACUAAAAGGGUUAAAACCAGUAUCCUGACUUUUACACCUGCUUGUUUUCCGUAGGUGAGUUGGAAAUCCCAUAUUCGCUGUUGUUGUCUUCCAUGUGCUGUAGUACACCCCUCCUGUGCCACUGACUGCUCAAUAGCUACACCCUGCUUGGCCCACUCUUAAAAGCUGGAAGUUUUUCUCCUGUUUUAACUAGGAAAGUCUUUUUAGAGAGCAAGAUUAGAAAUAUUCGGGGGUUAGUGACCAACGUGGAGCUGCUGGGAUGCAGCAGGAGGUUUCUGGUCCCAACUGACAGUGUAUUUAGGGUGGUGACAGUCAAUUGUGUUGUCUAAGUUCAUUGCAUGAGGAUGUGAAGCUUUCUCCUCAGAUAAAAUAUGAUUAAUCUCAUUUCCCUCUGAUGGCUUUAGGCCCUCUAAUCACCCUGCUGUGGUACGCUACCAAAGUUAGAAGCCUUUCAGGAUGGGGUUUUGCCCCGUGACACAAAGAUAUAUACUUUUUUUUUUUUCUUAAACACACCAGAACUGCUGUUUGCAGCCGUUUCUUCACCUGAGUGUGGAGCAUGCAACUGAAUUCUUAUGCUCCAUGGUUCAGGUGGUGCUCAGCAUUUCUGUCCUGGUGGUCCAACAGCCCUGGAUUCCCCAGCGUGAGCCAAGGAGGCUGCAGCCUUGUGCUGUGGCGGCGGGCUUGCAGUCACGCGAUACGGGAACACCUCUACAACCCCUCUUGUUUCAGUGGCCUUCCUCGGAAGGACAACGUUUGCUUUGUAUCAGUGUGUGUUUCUCUCUCUGGCUGCACCUCUCAAAACCUUUUUGGCUCAGUAGAGCGUUGGGUACAGAAAUGGACAACAAACAACCAAAGCUGGGGAAGGGGGGGGGGACAUUAAUCUUGGAAUUGGAAACUCAGGUCUAAACUGCAGUGGGAUCUGUUCCCAGCGAGCACCGCAGGGAAAGAGCUGUUUCUCUUGAUGUGCAAAUACGUAGCAAGUGUGUGUACUCUGCUGCUGUCUCAACAUCUGUGUUUACCCUAUGUCUUUCAAGUUCAGAGGUGGAAAGCUUUUAUCUGCUCUGGGCUCUUCUUAUGUCACAGUUUCCAAAAUACGAGUGAUAGAUAUAAAUCUAGCAGUUAAAAGGCCGGGCCUGGGAGAGGAGGAGGAAGUUGAAAGCAUACAGAGCUUAGUAAAAAACUGUUCCUUCUGAGGCCCUGUUCAGCAGGACGGUUUGUGUGAGCGCUCCCUCUGCCAUCAGGUGUGUGCACGCACCUCGCUGCUUCAGGUCCUGUCUGAGUGAGUUUCUUCUGCCUAUUUCUACAGCAAUUGUUGGGGGGAGGUGAUUUUUUCAAGUCUGCCUGGAUGCAAAUAAAUUUCUGGGAAAGCUCUAAACACGGUGACAGGUGUCUCCACAAAGGAAACGUGCGUCUGACCUACGUGUAAUAGUAAAAAGGGAGGAGUGAACUGAAUGAACCUACUCUGUGAGUAGGUUAGCACGGAGCCCCGAGAAGCUGAUCAGCAGAACGCUUUGUUACGUCCCAUGCUGUGCUUUCUCGGCUCUAAUAAUGGCAUUAGCACCAAAGCAACAUGCAGGAAGACUGUAGAAUUUCCUUCCUCGUAGGUUGCUGGGCUGCUCAAUAUACCACUCGUACGUGCAGAUGCUCUGCUGUUGUUCGCAGAGCAACGGGAGUCUUUGUCCAAAGCGUUGGUGGGGAUUAAUCUCUGCGGAGAUCUGGGAAGCUUUAUUCUGUGCUCCAGGUGUCCUGGCUAACAGUCGCCUUGAUUUAACCUGUUAACAACUGAGUGCAAGGCACGGUGUCAUCUCCACAUGUGCAGAGCAGGGAUUUGUCUUUCUGGAAUUGCUGCACCAGGAGAGGCUUGCAAAGAAGAAAGCAUGGCUCAGACUGUAAAUAAACCCUUCCAGAUUCCAGCUGCACCAAAGGAAUUCAGUAAAUUCCCGGUUUUCAGACUGUGACAUGCCUUUUGUUUUAACCUACUUCAGAUUGGCAAAUCCCAUCUUGCGCUGCCUUGAAAAUAACGGGCAAGAAGUUUUAAUUCUGGCUUGCAGGUAGCUACAGCUGUGCUCAUCGCGGGUGUCUUGGUGCUGUGGCUUUGGCCAUGUGGCUGCAGCGAUCUGUGCGCUGACUUCCCCUGCUGCCUUUGCAUGUGUCCGGCUCGUUUCUCAGGAGCGGUGAGUUGUUCCCAAACCUGUAGCUCUGGGUUUCUUUGGGGCAUUAGCUCAACCCUUUCUCUACUUGGAUCUGUUUGCUUUCGCAUUUGCUUCUGCACAUGGAGAAAAAAAAAAAACUGCAUCCUGCAGUCUGACUCUGUUCGAUAUCUGUUGAUAAGUGGAAAAAUCUGUCUAACAUUCCACCUCACCAAGUGUCUGGUUCUCACUGCUAGCCCAUCGCUCUUUGUAAUUUUAUAACUGCAUAAGAAAUUAAAUGUGUUGUGAUAAGUA